AUUGGCAUCUGCGCUGCUUCCAACGGUCGGGUGCCGCCUGACCAGGUCUUUGUAUGUAGAGGUGGCGGCCGUCGAGUACGCCUGCGCCACGUCGCCAGCAGUGUCAACAUCAAAUGCUGGCGCGCUGUACUCCGUGUCGAACGAUGAGCGAACCAGCCCCAAUUCGGCAUCCGCAAUCCUUGCCUUUAUUAGCAUGGACUUCAGCGAGUCCAUCCUCUGGUAGUGAGAGGAGCCACCAUCCAGUGCAUCCGCUCUGUCUACCAUCGUCGACAUACUUUCGCGACGACCUCCAAACAAGAGGGCGAGCAGGGACUUGCGCACUUCGCCAUACGCCUUGACAAAUGCGGGGUCGGUAAUGAACACGAUAAAGUUGGCAAAUGCAAUGGCUGGGAUGGAGAACCAGGAAAGGCUGACCAUGUACACCCACCUGUUGGCGUCCUCCUUGAACGUCAUUGUGAGGUCGUACUGCAGCGCGUAAAACAUGGUGUUGAUGACCCACCAGGCAAUGGGCGCACAGGGGUAGAGGGCAAUGCGG